AUGGAGAAACCAGAUCUGGUUUCAUCAUUGCCGUCUCGUGUAGCGUCCCUGGUUCAUGCCCGUUUCGAUGGCUUGCCUAGUCGCAGUAAGCCGACGGUGCGGUCUGAUGGGACGAAGGAGUGGAUUCCCAUGUCCGGAAUCGUGAUAGUGAAAGGUGAUUAUCCCUUGCACUGUCUGCUUGUAUGGCUAUUCUACCCUAACGAGAAUACAUCCUCCGAAAAGCUGACCUGCGUGGCUGUCACUUCCGGGGCAAAAUGUCUCUCUGCCUCCCAAGUCCCCAAUUGCAAGGGCCUCGUGCUCCAUGACUGGCACGCAGAGAUUCUUGCCCUGCGCGCAUUCAACUACUGGCUCCUCUCCGAAUGUCGCAGCGUUCUAGCAAAUGAACGACAUCAAGACCACUCAGAUGAGAGCACAGGACCCUCCAUCUCAUUAACAAAAUCCCCAUAUCUCCGUCGCAGACAGCAGCACCCACCUGAACAAUCCUCAUCCCCCCAACCCCCAUUUGAACUACAUCCCGACAUCACAAUUUACAUGUAUUGCACCUGCGCUCCCUGCGGCGACGCCAGCAUGGAGCUCUGCAUGGCCGCACAAGACGACCCCACGCCUUGGGAGAUCAACAAUCCUCCAAACAAGGACUCCAAUCCCCAGGGGCAAGAGCAAGAACAGGAGCCCACGCUCCUAGACGGACGAGGCCAUUUCUCCCGUCUAGGCAUCGUCCGUCGCAAACCCGCCCGCGCCGACGCCGACGCCACCCUGAGUAAAUCCUGCUCAGACAAGCUAGCUCUGAGACAGAUCUCAUCGCUGCUAUCCUUCGAGACGAGCCUGCUCGUUGCACCCACGGAGUCGGCCUACCUGGCUGGUGUGAUUCUCCCCGAGAAGGAAAUCAGCCAAGCUGGCUGCCAGCGAGCGUUCAGUGAGAAGGGACGAUUGAAGGAUCUAACGGGUCGGUUUUGGCCUCUUGAUGAUGGUGAGGAGGAGGAACCUGAUUCGAAGAGAUCUGGAUAUCAAUUCCGUCCGUUUCAGGUCCUCUCGAUCCCGGAUGAGAAGUACGAUUCACUAUGGGAGUUUGGGAAGACUCAGGCCCGCAUCGGCUCAUCUGAAGAGGUGGAAGUGCAAGAGAAGCGCAAGCCCGGGAUCAUCUCGGUGGUUUGGACGGCAGCACCGUCGACUCCGAUUUCCAGUCCAGGAGUGCCAGCGAUUGUAGAUACUAGUGUGAAAUCCUUGCCCGUUCUUCGGGGGUCCAAGACGGGUCUGUACGAGAAUAUCAUCAAUGGAGUGAAGCAGGGGAAUAAGGCCUCGGCGCCCCUGGCUCGCGGGGCGUCAGCACUGUCCCGUGCAAAGUUAUGGGGGAGUUGGAGGGAGAUUGUCCGGGUUUCCUAUCCGGAAGCCGUUAAUGAAGAAGGCAAUGCGAGCAAGCAAGAGGGGAGGUUAGAGGCGCUACCUGUCCCGACGGGGAUUGUUGAGGCCGCUACGUAUCGAGAGUUCAAAAAGACUCCCGCUGCGGAGACGGCGGCCAUCACGGCGCGAAAGUUGGCGAUACAGGAGGCGAAGAGGGUCCUGGGGGGUUGGGUAUCCAAUGCAGACGAUGCGGGUUGGGGAUUGGAUGUUUUGGUUGAUCCAAAGAAGCGAAAACGAUGA